GCCAUCAUAAAAAUGUCAGGAAUUUUAACCACUUUAAAAUGGACAUACAGUACAUCCAUAAUUUCAAAGCUCACUACAUUGAAUUGCACCUCAUUUAAAAGUAAAUAUUAUUGAGAAUUGAACAAACUGGACUAUAUGUAGUAAGUUACUUUGAAGAGAUGGUAAUUGGGUCUAAGUAGAUGUUUGUCAUUUGGUAGUCUAAAUUCAAUGUAUUUGUCUUUACUGCCAUUUCCCGGAAGUAAGACCCUUCCCACACACCAAAUCACUUUCCUCACCUUCAGAAGCAUCUACAUUCACCAAAUAUUGUGUGGUUAUCCUUAGAUAUAGGGUGCGUUCGUAAAUUCACACUGGAGUGCCAGAAUGCUCUCAGUGUGCUCUGGGCAUUCGUAAAUUCAGAGCGUUUCGCUCUCGGAGUGUUCAGGGCGCACACUGGAUGCUUUUGGCCGAGGAGUAGGGUUGAUCAGACACAAUUGCAGUCAAGCACUCAAGCUAGAUGGCUAAAGGUCCAGUGUUGGACCCUGAACAUAAAUGAAAGAACAUCUCACUCUAUUUGCAUCGCCCUAGCAGAGCUGGUUAGGCUGUUUUCAUGCUGCUGGCAACAAUUGAAUUACGCAUUUUUGCUGACGUUUACUGACACCGGCCAUAUUCAACGGGUGUUGAGUGUUUGAAAAAUUCAUCAAUCAUUCUGCGCGUGUUGAGUGUUCGUAAAAUCCAUCAGUUAUUCUGUGCUCUGGCACAUGCAGACGAGAGUGCUCUGAAAUCGGAGUAAAUAGCCAGAGUGAAUAUAUGAACGCACCCAUAUUCUCGAGACUUGCCCAGAGGGAAUUGUUGAUAUGUUGUCAGUUAUUUAUUCUAGAUAACGUUUUCUUCAGAAACAUUUGCCAAAAAUGCUUUAUACAUACAUGUCUUUAGUAUUUUACAGAUAGACAAAUUGUAAAAUAAUUUAUGCACAAUCUGCUCUGAUUAAAUCCACUUCUGGAGUGUCUUAACAAAAUAGAACCAAAAUAUUAACGCUGACUUAAUCCAGUGUCCUGAAAAAUGUAUUUGUUGGAUAUACAAAUAUGUGUAUAUUUAAUGAGACUUUGCAUAUUUUAAUACAAUAUUUCAUUUUUUUUUAAAUAUAAAAAUAAGUAUUAUAUUGUUAUCUACAUUCAACUGGUAAAAGUGUAUUGUGAUUUGAUUAAGGGGGGGAGGGGAUCCUCUAUUAGAGUGUGGUACCUGGCCUUAAAUAUAUGAACUUUAAAUGCAUCUAAAUUGUUUUUAAAUCGUUAACUCCUUAUUAAGGCAUUGUCAUUACAUAGCAAAUCAGACAUGGGUUACGUCCCAAAUGGCCCUGGUCAAAAGUAGUGCACUUCAUUGGGAGGGUGCCAUUUGGGAUGGAGACAUGCAGUUAUUUCCAAGUUAGGAAUGAAUGUGUGCAUCUAACUCAGUGCCAGUCAGUUACAUUAGACUUGAUCUAGAUUUUAUGGUGUCAUCCACUCUGUUGAUAAUGUUGUUUUGCUGUUGUUUGUUAUACAUGUAAGGUUGUUAUUUUUUAAUGAAGGGAAAUACCACUCUGGGAGUGGACAGAACCCUCCCAUAGGGAAGUUAAGGGUACUAUAUUGAAUGUUGACUCCCACUGCCAAGACACACACCCAAACUCUUAAGUAUUGUACCAGUAGCCUAAUGACCAUUGAGCUUUGUUAAUGACCCAGAACAUGUCUUUCAAAUGGUUUUCUUUCCAACAGUAUUUGAAAAGUAAUCUAUGAAGUUUAAGUUAUAAGAACAGCACGUACAUUAUGCCAAUUACCAGUGUAUCGAGAAAUAAUAUUGAAAAGUUCACAUACACACCGUAAUGGGGAGUAGUGAACUACAUGUAGUUCAAUUAGUAAUUGAAUUAGCUUGGUGGUAGUUGAACUAAAUUCAAAUCUUGGUAGUGUUUUCACUAGUUAAUUCCUUUUUGCCAUGUAACUAGUGGAACUACACACUACUAUUUUUUGCAAAAAUAGUUGAAAAAAUAUUGGUAGGCAAUAUUUCCUUUAUUUUUCACAAUCAGACCUGCCUAAUUUUCACAAUGUUUGUGUUUAAUCGGCUAAAUUACGCAUUAUGUAAACAUCUGACUCUAGAGUGACUUGUUCUUGCAAUUUGUAGUCUAUGACAUUUCACAUUUGAUCAUUUUUCAUGAAGUAGUUUGGAUGAAGUGAACUACUUUUUCAAAGUAACUUUACUUCAGUCAUCUAAAUGUUUCUUAAGGGUAGCUUUACUUCAGUCAACUAUGUUUCUAAAGGCUAGCUUUAGUUCAGUCAACUAAAUGUUUCUUAAGGGUAGCUUUACUUCAGUCAACUAAAUGUUUCUUAAGGGUAGCUUUACUUCAGUCAACUAAAUGUUUCUUAAGGGUAGCUUUACUUCAGUCAACUAAAUGUUUCUUAAGGGUAGCUUUACUUCAGUCAACUAAAUGUUUCUUAAGGGUAGCUUUACUUCAGUCAACUAAAUGUUUCUUAAGGGUAGCUUUACUUCAGUCAACUAUAUGUUUCUUAAGGGUAGCUUUACUUCAGUCAACUAUAUGUUUCUAAACGGUAGCUUUAGUUCAGUCAACUAAAUGUUUCUUAAGGGUAGCUUUACUUCAGUCAACUAUAUGUUUCUUAAGGGUAGCUUUAGUGUAGAUUAGAAUAUUCCAGUGGGAAGUAAUUGGUAGCUUGGUAAACUAUAUCUCCAGAGUAGCUCCCCCAACACUGCAUGCACACACACUAAUGGAAAUUGUAUGCAGUGACUUUAUGUUUUGUAAAGAGUGGAUAUUAAGAAUAUAGAAUGAAUAUUCCAACAGUAACUGUUUAGUUAUUACUUUUUCAGUUAUGGACAUAUAAGAGACUUGCUGUUCUACUAUUCAUAUAUGCCUAUUUCAACUAGAAUAUGUAAUAGAGACCAUUCCUGUAUUAAUGCAAAAAGUCACUUCCACAACUCUGAGCAUGUGCUGUAGGCUAAGUACCAAGAAGGAGAGGAGAACAGACAUGGUGAACUGUGUCACUUGUUGAUCCUACUUGACAAGACUCCUAACUGGGCACCGGAGUAUUCCUUCUCAGAAUGGCUACCGCGUCCACGUCUUUUCUUUACCCCCUCAAGCAUCGAACACUUUAUGAAUACCAUAUGCCAGGGUGAUUUGGCAAACAGGAAUAUGUUGGGAUAUGUCUCAGAGGGUCCAAAAUGUUCGGUGAGUGGCACAUUUUCAGUCAUUACUUUUCUUCAGGCUAGAGGAUAAAAACUCAAGCUUGGACUUUGAUUCUAUUGUAAACCGUAACGUUAAACGUAUGAGCCUGUCGUGUAAUGCUCUUUACUGAGCCAUCUGAUAAGUUAUUCUGUAGCUUAUUCUGUUGCUACCGGUUGUGCUUGACUAUUUGACAAUUCUGAUCAACAGUUCGCUCUCUUAUUGUAUGACUAUACUUAACAUUCACACGCUACAUAAUCUAGCAUAGCUCAAAUUAAUAUACAUUUAUGCUCACUUACUUCUGAAGGGUAGACCUAUACCGCGUCUUAUGUAGGCGACCUCCUAUUAUUCUUCUAAGUAGCCUGAUUGGAUGCGGUGCUUGUGAGAGAGGUAUAGGAUACGUUCCUCUGCUAUUUGUAACCCAGCAACAGUCUCAAUGAAUGGCUGGCUGAACAAAUCCUAUUAUUUUAAGAAUUGACACCAUUAUUAGAUCAGACCUAUCCCGCAGAGUCGACUAUUUCCAAUAUUGCCUGAGACAAAGUGACUGCAAGCUAACACUUUUUAAUUUGGGGCACACGGAGAGGUCUAGCUUUGUAGCUGGAGUAAAUCAAAGUGAUUUUUGCAACUGCCACAAAUAGACGCAUACUUUAUGCCCAAAUGACAAAUUCAUAAUUUGUUCUCAGAAUGCCUGCUGCUUUGCAAUGUUUCACUCAUGUAAUAAUUGCAUGGCUUUGGGGUUUGACAGGAAGAUCCGCUCUACGUACGCGUGCCAACUAAAAACGGUUCCACCCUCUACCUGAAAGGAGCGCACCUGGAUCCAACGAGACGGAAGUAGUUUCAGAGAUUGAGAAACGCUCCACAACUGGUUUGGAUUUCAGUUCCCAUCCUUAUUAUGUAAUGUCCAGGUUACCUCCUUGCAACUGACAGUGUGUUUGGUGAAGUGCAGUGUCAAGGAAAUCUACCCCACGCAUCUCCAGAAGAAUGAGUGGUCUCCGCAGAGUUCUCAGAAGGCGAUUACACCCCUUGAAACUGGUGAUUGUGGCCCUUAUCUUUGUCACAUUUCUCUUCCUUAUACAACGUGAGGUGGUAAGCCAAAGUCCCACACAAGAAGAGCCCUGGCUGAAGGAGAUGGCUGUCAAGCGGGAUGCUGUGCUGGGCAUGGUGAUGGGGGCCGUCAAUAACUUCAGGGACGCCAUGCCAAAGAUGCAGAUCAAAGCCCCAGUGCGUCAGCAGGAGACUGCAGGGGACUUCUCCUGUUUGUCAGGGACCUACACGGCUGCUGAGCUGAGGCCAGUCCUAGAGCGUCCACCUCAGGACCCCAAUGACCCCGGAGCCUCUGGGAAGCCCUUUCACACAGACAAACUGAGCCCUGCUGAACAGAAGGAGAAGGAUCGGGGAGAGGAGAAACACUGCUUUAACCUCUACGCCAGCGACCACAUCUCUCUCAGCCGUGACCUGGGCCCUGACACCAGACCACCAGAAUGUAUCGAGCAAACAUUCAAGCGUUGUCCCCCCUUGCUGACCACCAGCGUGAUCAUUGUGUUUCACAACGAAGGCUGGAGCACUCUGCUGAGGACGGUGUACAGCGUCCUUCACACCUCCCCUGCCAUCUUCCUCAAGGAGAUCAUCCUGGUGGACGAUGCCAGUGUGGACGAUGCAUUGAAGGAGGAGCUGGAUGAGUAUUUGAAGCGGCUACACAUUGUGCGCGUGGUACGUCAGCGGGAGAGAAAGGGCCUGAUCACUGCUCGGCUGCUGGGAGCCUCUGUGGCCACUGGAGACAUCCUCACCUUCCUUGACGCUCACUGUGAAUGCUUCAAUGGCUGGCUGGAGCCUCUACUGGCCAGGAUAGCAGAGAAUUACACUGCGGUAGUGAGUCCUGACAUCACAACCAUUGACCUCAACACCUUUGAGUUUGUGAAGCCCUCGCCAUACGGACAGAACCACAACCGUGGUAACUUUGACUGGGGCCUGUCCUUUGGCUGGGAGAGUCUACCGGACCACGAAAAACAACGGAGAAAGGAUGAGACAUAUCCUAUCAAGACACCGACUUUUGCUGGGGGACUCUUCUCUAUCUCCAAGGACUACUUCUAUCUUAUCGGAAGCUAUGAUGAACAAAUGGAAAUCUGGGGAGGGGAGAAUAUCGAAAUGUCUUUCAGAGUGUGGCAGUGUGGGGGUCAGCUAGAAAUAAUCCCUUGCUCCAUCGUGGGUCAUGUGUUCCGCACCAAGAGUCCGCACACCUUCCCCAAGGGCACCCAGGUGAUCGCACGCAACCAGGUGCGGCUGGCCGAGGUCUGGAUGGACGACUACAAGGAAAUCUUCUACCGACGCAACCAACAAGCUGCACAGUUGGCCAAAGACAGGGCCUUCGGAGACAUCGCGCAGCGUGUGGACCUCCGGGAGCGGCUGCAGUGCAAGAGCUUCUCCUGGUAUUUGAAGAACGUGUAUCCAGAGGUCUUCAUGCCCGAUCUCAACCCACUCCACUUCGGCUCGGUGAAGAAUGUAGGUAAAGACUCGUGUCUGGAUGCAGGGGAGAACAACGAAGGAGGGAAGCGGCUGAUCUUGUAUCCAUGCCACGGACUCGGAGGAAACCAGUAUUUUGAGUACUCGACCCAUCACGAGAUCCGGCACAAUAUUCAGAAGGAGCUGUGUUUGCAUGGGACGGAGGCAGCCGUGAAGCUGGAAGACUGCCAGUAUAAAGGCCGCAUCACAUUUGUAGGAGCAGAACAGAAGUGGGAGUUAAGGGAGAACCAGUUAUUCUUCAUCCCACGAUGGAAUCUGUGUCUGAGUGCCCGUCAUGAGCACCCCUCCUUGGUUGCCUGUAACCCCUCAGACAGAUACCAACUGUGGCUCUUUGUCUGAGGACAUGACACACAUGGACCUCGGCACUAGUGAUGACGUGUGCCUGGGCAUUCUAGGACCAUUAGAACAAGUAGCAAUUGGCGUACAUUUUUAAAUGUAUUAUCAAAUUGAAUGUGUAUUUAUUUUUAUACGUAGAAGAACUGCUGCUGGAAAGUUGGGGAUUUUGAGGAGAAUAUGCAAUCUCGGGAAGGAAGCAUUCAAACUGAUACUGAAGACUUAAAAAAGGAAUACACUUUUUUUUAUCAUGAUUCGUGUUAAGGGAUUAUUUUUCUUCUGCCAUUCAAGCCAACCGCUGAUUGUGGAUUGAUGGCACUACCUGGGACUGAAAUUAGUGACUUUGGAUGGGUACUUAAUGAAGAGAGAUUUCCACUAUUGUCUUUUUCUCUUUUGUUUCUGUCUUACUCCAGAGGGAAAUUAACGUUCCAAUUUAUUUUAUUUAAUUACAAAGGCUUGUUCUUUAUUGCCUACACUGAAUAAUUUAUUAAUACAGUAGAUAUGUGAAAACCAACAACAAAAUGGGAUCUCAAACAAUGGAAUAGUGCACGUGCCUUUUGCAUAAACAGAAUAAUUAAGAUUGUAUGCACCAAAGACUCGUCAAGGGUUACUUUUCUAUUAAAAUAAAUGUUUGUAUUAUAGGUUAUUCAAUAUCUACCACUACUGCCUCUUUUUGUUAUGCAAAGUAAUUAUAUCAGGAAGGUACUAGACAUGCAUUCUCCCUUACCACCGCUAGAGGGUCUGAUUCCCCUCUCACCCAGCUGGUUUUCCUCACAAGCCAAUUGAGAACGAUAUCAAUGCGCUGCCCAUACAGUGCCUCUGGUUAUCUUAUAUACUUUGAACAGCUAAUUUUUAUUAAAUGUACAUUUUCCAAAGUUGCAUUUUAACGAAGGGCUUGAGUUGUGUGGUACUGUUAUAUUUGGCAUCCCAAAUUCCUAAUAAUCUGGUAUUUGCAAGAUAAGUCAUCUUUUAUUUUGCUUUUCCGUAUUGCUUUUACGGGACGUUCAGAGGUGUUUUAAUCAUAAGUGUGUUUACCUUUCUGGGACAGGCUUUAGUAACGUAACAUUUUCAAACACAAUUCCACAGUCACAGAGGUGGUAUUUCAAACAAUCAGUUUUGUACAGUUUGAUUGCAUACAUUUUUGGGGGGUAACUUUAUCUCUCUACAAGAAUAGCUGGAUUUUUCUUGGGCCCCAGCCCCCAGGUACUUGUAGCAAACAAUUUAAUCAAGUAAACUAAUGUUUUAGAUGUCGGGUUUUAGGGAAUAAUGUAAGGUUGACACAUCUUAACAAAAGGUACUUUGAGAUGAACAAUGGAUAGUUUAGUUGUUUGUAAUGUCUUUUUCAAUGCUUGACAACACAUUUAGAAGAAAAAAUAUAUAUUUCGAAUAAAAUGCAUUUACAUGUUUUUGUAUAAUGUUCAUGGGGAUUGCAAAUGUUUUUUAAUGUGUAGGCUAAAAUGGGAUCUGUAGAAAGGGAAACAUUUUAAGCUUUGUUUACAACAUGGAAUAUAUGAUUGUAGUUUUGAUUCAAGUCUCAGAAUUCCCAGUAUCCCACAGACAUCAGUGUUUUGAUCCAAGGAUGUGGGCUAGUUUAUACACAUCUAUGUUUGUGUCAGAGUGUUAACUGACAAUGGAAUGUUAGAAUUUUGUUGAAUUUAGGGAUAUGCCUGGUUCUAGAACCGAAUGCGCUCGUGAGUGAGUCUUCGAUUUGGAUACUUGAGGUUUUUCAUUUCUUAUGUUCAACAGGAGAGGGCGCUGUGCACAAAAUAAUUUAUCCUUGACGCAUCCCUGUCCAUAAUUUUUACUGGGCCUUCAGUUAUUGCAGGUGUACCCUUUCUCUAAACACACGUAGAGCAGAUAUAUAUAUAUUUUUACAGAAAGAGUUCAAGCUAAAAUCAUUAAACAUAUGAAGAAAAGUAACA